AUGCCAGACGAUUCAUGAUGUGAACGCGCACCACUACAUCUCGCGUCACCGCCGAGUGACCCGUACCCAUUCCCUCAUACCGCCACCUUGAGACUGUCCUUUGCUGCGAAUGCCGCCGUUUUGCAGGAAACGUGCCUGUUCGUGUUACUCCUGCGCCACCCGCUGCGGAGCAGCUCACUGGCGCCGCUGAAUUCUCUCUCAGAGCGAGAGCCUUUGCAGUUCAAAGUGUACGACACGGCCGAAGCGGAGACAGCGCACUACAAUCUGCAGAAUGGCGGCUAGCGGUCGUGUUUACCGCGUUCGGUUGAGCCAACUUAGCUUAGGGCAGCCACCCCAGCCAUCGACGUUCAACUGGAGUCUGGCGCCAGUGCAGACCUCACCACCGGAUACGCUUAAAGCAGCUGAGGGUUACUUAGGCGAGGGCGGUGACACUCGCAAAAGAAUGCGGCCGCGUCUUUGCAGCAACGACUACCUCGAGCAUUUCAUCUGGCCAACGCCUGCUGCGGGGGUCGUGAGGCCUAAACUUGUCGCAGACUGCGCGUGGGUGGAUGUAUCCACCGUGCGGUCGCACGCUCUUUACCACUACGAUGAUGCCUUCUGGGUACCCUUCAGCACAAGUCACAGCUUCGCCGCGUGGCAUCGCGCGUCGCUGUGUGCAGCACGAGAUAGCAAAUGCGCUCCAGGCGGCAUGGGGGCGCGGGUGUGGUUAGGCAAUUUGGUAUAUGUGCAGCUGAUUGCAACACCCGGCGCCUAGCACUACGCAGAGGUGUCGAUACUUAA